GGGCGUUAGGUGAAACACUAAUAUGCAAAGUGGGGGCGGGGCUGGUAUAGUACAAAGAUGACUCGAUCUGGAGAUGGUGUCUUGUUUGGUGGAGGAGUGGAAUGGAGCAGCUCUCCCGUUACCUUCCAUAGGAAUACGGGGAAGUAUGUUGAGCUAACAAAGAGCGACACAGUAGCCACUAGAGUGAGAGAUAAAGACUAUGGUAUAGUGUUCACCCGUGAGCCAAUGGUUGUUGGACAGAUGCUCAAGGUCACUAUGACAGAGAGGGAGGGAGGUUGGGAUGUUGGAAUGGAUAUUGGUUUCACUGGAGAGAACCCGGAGGACUCCACGCUGACACAGUGUGAGGCGUUGGACUGGCAAAUAGAGCACAAGCAUUUACUGUGUACUUGCCUUUAUAGUCUCAAAUAUAUGAGCAAGGAACUCUGUAGACUGGGUUUCAACACUGAUGCUUUGGUAGUGGGUGAUUCCUUAGGAAUGUUGCUGACGCUGGAGAAGGAGGUCCACUGGUUUGUGAAUGAUGUGUGGAUAAGGUCUGCACGUGUGAAGGACUACCCCCUGGACACACCUAUGUGGGGGGUCGUGGACGUGUAUGCACUGUGUAAACAAGUCAAGGCAGAGAUUUGCACUGUGUCCAGGUACAACCCUGACACAGAGAGGAGGCUGAGAGAGAUGGGACUAGUACAGGAUGCAAGACCUCAAGUAGCCGGAACACAGUCAUUGUUUGCAAGAAUGCUAGGGUUUGGAUCAACUAAGUCACAAGAUGAUGUCACUAAAACAGUCGAUGGCCAACUUCAGCAACAGCUCACACAAUCAUGCUCAGACAUUCAAGAGCUUCGACGAGAGGUGGCAGAAAAAGGCCAAGAAAUCACUCAACUACAGCAACAACUAACAAGAGCCAACGAAAAUUUGACAAGAACUAAUGAAGAGCACGAAGAGCUGAUAGCAGCCCUCAGACAACAAUUGGAUGCUCUCUCAGCCACCAAUCGUAGCAGCCACCCUCAGGAGGUGGAGUUAUGGCAGGUGUCUCCAGAGGAGGUGUCUAUUAGAGAGGACGAGAUUCUUGGCCGAGGGGCCUGGGGCUACGUUACCAAGGGAACCUUUAGAGGAACAACAGUGGCCGUCAAACGAGUGUAUCCUGAAAUCCUACGACAGACUACGGUGGAUCGAAUUCGUCGUGAGAUUCGCACCAUGGCUCAGAUCCGCCACCCCAACCUUGUCCUCUUUGUUGCUGCCGUCCUCAACGAGCAAACCGGUCCCAUGAUUGUCACAGAGCUCCUGGAUACCUCUUUACGUUCUGCCUACCAGGACAAUCGUGUUGGUCCCAACAAGGUAAAGAUCUUUGGAGACAUAUCCUCAGCUCUGGUUUAUCUCCACCGACAGAGGGAACCCAUCAUCCACAGAGAUGUGAGCUCUGCUAAUGUCCUCCUUCUCUCUCUACCCAACAACAAAUGGCUUGCCAAACUGUCUGACUUUGGAUCAGCCAACCUAGCUCGAGAUGCCACUACUCCUGGAGAAGGUGCUAUCCUGUACACUGCCCCUGAGGCCUAUCCCCAACCACCUUCAUCACUUCAACCACCACCACAACAGACGACAAAGAUCGAUGUGUACAGUUUUGGAGUGCUUGCUUGUGAAGUGGUGACUCGAACAUUUCCGAAAUCUGAACUGUUUUAUCGUCUGCUAUCGAGUAUGGAAGCUAUAUGGCGGGAGCUCCACCCACUCAUCACCUCCUGUGUCUCUCACUCCCCUCAGGACAGACCCUCCAUGGACACUGUGCUACACCACAUCAGACAAUUGGACUCGGAGCCUUAGGACAUUUAGUGACUGUCAUUUCUAAACGUGUGAAAUAAAUUUUCAACUACCCCAUGUUCAUCAUUAUUAAUUUUUGUACUUAAUAUAUUUUGUGUGAUUAUUAUUUUUAGCAUUCUAGCAUCCAUGACUAGGACUGUUUUGUAA